AUGUCGUCUUCCAAGAUCUUGUCGGCUUCGGAGUUAUUCGGAGUUGAGGGCGUGGUCGCCGUGGUCACUGGCGGUGGUACCGGAAUUGGGCUUAUGAUGGCAGCUGCGCUCGAGAACAAUGGAGCAACAGUGUACAUCGUUGGUCGCCGAGUCGACGUGCUCGAGAAGGCUGCUAGAGAAAAUAAUCGAAACGGAAAGAUCAUCCCGGUACAAUGCGACAUCACCUCUCGCGACUCUGUACUUGCACUUGCGUCGACAAUACGUGAGAGGGAAGGGUACAUCGACCUCCUCGUCAACAACGCUGGCAUCGUAGUCCCUACGCACAAACCUGGCUCACAUACUGGCGACAUCAAGGAGCUUCAGGCCCAGUUAUGGGCCUCCGGUACGGCAGAAAACUGGGGCAAGACAUUCGAUGUCAACGUCACUGCUGUCUUCAACAUGACUGUAGCAUUCCUUGAUCUGCUCGCAGCGGGCAACGCCCGCCGCGCCGCGGGAGAACCGACCAGCCAGGUCAUCACAGUUGCCAGCAUCGCUGGCUUUAGACGUGAUGAUAACCUGUUCUCGUUGUCUUACCCGGCCAGCAAGAGCGCGGUGACACAUCUUGCCAAGUCAUUCACCGCCAUCUUCAAGGACUUCAAGAUCAGGAGCAAUGUGAUCGCGCCCGGCUUGUACCCUUCAGAGAUGACGGAGAACUUGCUCUCAGAUGACAUGGUGAAGCAGGGCGUUCCUCUUGGACGUGCAGGUUCAGCGAACGAUGCAGCCGGUAUCAUCCUAUUCUUGGCCAGCAAGGCAGGAAGUUACGUCGAUGGUACUGUUCAUCUCACGGAUGGGGGUCGCCUAUCACUGUUCCCUUCCACGUACUAA